AUGGAUGCAGCAGAAAUGAGUGCAGUAGAUAGACUAUCAAACCUUCCCAUAAAUGUCAUCCAAAAUAUCAUAGGAUGCAUGCCCAUUCGAGAUGCGGCAAGAACGAGUAUUUUGUCGAGCAAAUGGAGAUAUGUUUGGGCUGAAUAUCCAGAGCUUGUUCUUGACAAGCAAUUCUACACGGAGAUGGUGCGAAGCAAAUCACCGAUCCUCUUCCAACCCGAAUAUGUAAACAUAGUCAAUGGAAUACUUUUUCAACACCUUGGACCCAUUCUGAAAUUUGUUCUUGACAUUCCAGAAUUGCAGUCAUCUCGAUACUCCAAUAUUGAUCAGUGGUUGCUAUUUGUGUCAAGAAAGGAUGUCACAAAACUCACUCUUCAUAACAGAAGUCCUAAUCGUUACAAAGUACCAUCUUAUGCAUUCAGUGGUCCAAAACUUGCUCAUCUAAAUGUGACUGCGUGUAUUUUCAGUGCACCAAAGGGCUUAGAUGGCUGCAGAAAGCUCACUCACCUUUCUCUGACAUCAGUCACCUUCGAGUUCUCAGUCCUCAAUUUCCCUCAGCUUUUUCAAUUGAGCUUGCAAAGCUGUUCUGGAAUCCAUCUUUUAUCUAUAUCUGCUCCAUCACUUAAAGGUUUGAUUCUUCUGGGCAACGAUGGUCUGGACUUGAGCAAUUAUAUCACCUGCAAAGACCUAGUACUUGGUUAUUUCUAUUUGUUUCUGGUUUACACGGAUGAGAGUAAUCGGAUCAAAUUUGACGAGAAAACACUCCAGCACUUGAAAGAACCAGGUCUGAUGAAGGAAAGUUUGAAUGGACUCAAGACUGUGAUCAUUAGAAACUUUAAGGGUUCAACAGCUGAACUGUUUCUUGUUAAGCUUUUAUUAGCCUGCUCCCCGUCACUUGAAAGAAUGUGUAUUCAAGAGAACCAAGGCCUUGACCCAAUUGAAAGGUUGAACAUAUCAAAGGAGUUGAUGCAGUUUUCACGAGCAUCGCCCAAAGCAGAAAUGUUUUUCCGACCAUUUGGUUUUGAUUUCUGA